UCCUGCUGGCCUCUGCCAUCCUCUUCCGGGAGUGGAGCAACGUGGGCCUGGUGGACUUCCUGGGGAUGGCCUGUGGCUUCACCACCGUCUCCGUUGGCAUCGUCCUUAUCCAGUGAACUUGGUGGCCACGCAGAAGUAAUAGAUUAUCUGACUUGAUCAUAAGGCUGUUAGAUGAGAGGGUGACUUCAGCAGCACACGUAUCGAGUUCCCUGUGGCACGGGAACAAGUGAAAGGACACCGCCCAGCUGAGGCCAGCAGACAUUGGAACACAAAGCCCUCCCAGCUGAGAUUGACUUGCAGUGACAGAGCGUUACCGGGUCUGAGAGGAGUCACGCAAGGCGGUCCUUUCGGGACAUUCACAUCGAUUUCCUCUUUUCAAACUAUUUGAAAACUGCAUCGUCUUGUCUCCAGCACCAGCAUUUAUUUCUCUGUCCUGUGAUCAAUGUGAGUUAUAGGAAUUCUUCAGUAACAAACGAAAUGAGCCAGGGGCGUGGAAAAUAUGACUUCUAUAUCGGUCUGGGAUUGGCUAUGAGCUCCAGCAUUUUCAUUGGAGGGAGUUUCAUUUUGAAAAAAAAAGGCCUUCUGCGACUUGCCAGGAAAGGCUCCAUGAGAGCAGGUCAAGGUGGCCAUGCCUAUCUUAAAGAAUGGUUGUGGUGGGCUGGACUGCUCUCAAUGGGAGCUGGUGAGGUGGCCAACUUCGCUGCGUACGCCUUUGCACCAGCCACGCUUGUGACGCCAUUGGGAGCCCUCAGCGUCCUAGUCAGUGCCAUUCUUUCUUCAUACUUUCUCAAUGAAAGACUGAAUCUUCAUGGGAAAAUUGGAUGUUUGCUGAGUAUUCUGGGCUCUACAGUUAUGGUCAUUCAUGCUCCAAAAGAAGAGGAGAUCGAGACUUUAGAUGAAAUGUCUCACAAGCUCGGGGAUCCAGGUUUUGUGGUCUUUGCAACACUUGUGGUCAUUGUGUCUUUGAUAUUAAUCUUCGUGGUGGGACCCCGCCAUGGACAGACGAACAUUCUCGUGUACAUCACCAUCUGCUCUGUGAUUGGAGCCUUUUCCGUCUCCUGUGUUAAGGGCCUGGGCAUUGCUAUCAAGGAGCUGUUUGCUGGCAAGCCCGUGCUGCAGCACCCCCUGGCCUGGGCCCUGCUGCUGAGCCUCAUAGUCUGUGUGAGCACACAGAUCAACUACCUGAACAGGGCCCUGGACAUAUUCAACACCUCCCUCGUGACUCCCAUCUACUAUGUCUUCUUCACUACGUCAGUUCUGACUUGUUCAGCUAUUCUCUUUAAGGAGUGGCAGGACAUGCCUGGUGAUGAUGUCAUUGGUACUCUGAGUGGCUUCUGUACAAUCAUUGUGGGAAUAUUUUUGUUGCAUGCCUUUAAAGACGUCAGCUUUAGUCUAGCAAGUCUUCCUGUGUCUAUUCGAAAAGACGAAAAAGCAGUGAAUGGCAAUCUCGCUGAUAUGUAUGAAGUUCUUAAUAAUAAUGAGGAAAGUCUAACCUGUGGGAUUGAACAGCACACUGGUGAAAAUGUCUCCCGAAGAAAUGGAAAUCUGACCGCUUUUUAAGAAAGAAGUAAUCAAAAACUUAAUCUAUAAUUGUUGUUAUAAAGUGAAUUUGAGUAUCAGAGCAUGUCUGAAAAGGCAGUAUUCUCAAAUAAUGUUCUCUAGAGACAAUCUUUUUUAAGGUUUCACUAAUUUGGACCAAGAAAUUACUUUUCUUAUAUUUAAAUGAUGGUAGCUCACUAAAAUGACCUCAGUACUUGGCCAAUUUUUGUUAACAUUGUAUUGUAACGGUAUUUAACAUUUUCUUUCACCAAAAUCUAAAUGUACUAAUGACAAUUUUAAGUUGAUAAAAUGCUUUAUUUUUUCACUGGUGAUGAAAGUCCGAAGUGUACCUUUGUCAUCCCCAGUUGCAUCAAUCCCUGAUCAUUUUAAGGCUUUUUUAUUUAAAAAAGAACAAAAUUAUCCCAAUACAUUAUCUUGUGAUUUACCUUACCUGCAUAAAUGACUCCUGUUUGAUGAAUUAUCUUAAUUUUGAAAUGUUAAAGAGAAUCCUAUUACUGAAGGCAACUCAUUUACAAGACAAUGGGUAGGAAAUCACCUCCCCUACCAGUUCUCCCCUGACACUUGACCUGGCACAAGGGGGCCUUCCUGAUUGAGCGCCAUCCCAGGGACAGAGGUCCUGUGGAUUCCGCGUCAGGGCACAAGCCUGAGCUGCAGGCUCUGUCCCCAGAAGGGGGCGUGCAGGAGGCAGCCAGUUGAUGUUUCUCACAUCGAUGUUUC